AGCUUCUCUGUAAUGUCUCGCCUCGGUUAAGUCUCUUCUUCUUCUUCUUCUUCUUCUUCAUCAUCAGCUUCAAUCUUUCAAAGCGUUCUUCUUUUGACUUCCGAAAUCGCCGUCCCGAUCCUCUUCAUCUUCGAUUCUCCCAUCACAUAGCAUGAACAGCCUCUUCAAUCGCAUUUGAAUGCCCUCUUGAACUGUUGGUUGGUGAACUCGUCAGUAUAAUUUUGGGAUACAAUGCGUGCGCCAUCUUUGAUCACACAGUGCUUGCCUGGAUUAAUUCCCCAUGACUGUGGGAGUCAGGGCGUAUCUUCCGUUUCAGAGAAAGAUGUCAGUCUCCCUUCCCCAGCAGUCGAAAUUCUACCUUCGAAGACAGCUCACCCUUACAGAUAUUCUGGAGAAAAUAUAGACUUGCCUGGGGCCAGCAUGUUUAAGGGAAGACUUAGUGUUGCUGACGUAAUUGGGUUUGCCGGGUCAGAAAUGAUAUCCUCAAAACCUGAUGGAUAUCUGAAGUCUUGGGACAGCUCUAUUGAUCUUGUCAAUGUUCUUAAACAUGAAAUUCGGGAUGGACAAUUGAGCUUCAGAGGAAAAAGGGUUCUUGAGCUUGGUUGCAGCUAUGGUCUUCCUGGAAUAUUUGCUUGCAUGAAGGGUGCUUGCACGGUCCACUUUCAAGACCUCAGUGCGGAAACAGUAAGAUGCACCACUAUCCCAAAUGUGCUUGCAGCUCUUGAACAAGCCAAGGACUGGCAAAGCCGACAGCCCGAGAGUCCCCUUACUCCAUCUAGGCAAACCUUGGCUCCCUCAGUUCACUUCUAUGCUGGAGAAUGGGAAGAGCUCCACACAGUCUUGUCCAUUGUGAGGAAUGAUGGAUCUGAAGUGGCAACAGGAAUGAACCUGAGCUUCUCGGAGGAAGAUUUCAUGGAUGGGUGCAGUAGCCACGAAGGAAGCAUCGUUGGGCAUGAGCUCUCCUCAAGGAGGUCCCGAAAACUCUCUGGAAGCAGGGCGUGGGAGCGCGCAAGUGAAGCCGAUCAAGGAGAAGGUGGAUACGAUGUCAUUUUGAUGGCGGAGAUCCCAUACUCCUUGACUGCUCUCAAGAAGUUAUAUGCACUUAUCAAGAAGUGCUUAAGGCCUCCAUACGGAGUGGCGUACCUGGCCACAAAAAGGAACUAUGUCGGGUUCAACAGCGGAGCUAGACAUCUGAGGAGUUUGGUGGAUGAAGGCGGCAAUUUCGGAGUACAUAUGGUAAAGGAGAUGGCCGACAGAGAUAUAUGGAAGUUCUUUUUAAAGUGAAAAGAGAGCAGGAGAACCUCAGCUCGAGUCGAGGUCACCUUGGCGAAAAACUCAUUCAAAAAUUUUCGUACAGCUGAUAGAGACUGACAUUAUGCGUAUUUGUAUAAUAUGGACCGGAUUCUCUUUUCAUUUUUCUUUUUUGAAACUUCUUGUAUGGGGAUAAUGCAAAUGGGGGAAAGAGUAGGUAGCCUGGAUCUAAAAUUUUUUUUGUCAAAUACAUGAAUUGUUGUUUUUCCUUUUCCUUUUCUCACAUGCAAAUGGUUCUAUAUCUAUUAAUAGUUUUCAUUGAAAUUGUA